CAGUUUUCUUCUUUCUGUUUUGUCACUUUUGUGUGUUUUUCGUCUCGAAACUUGUGUUUUUCUGUACGUAUUCGCUCUUGAUUAUGGCGCAGCACACGUAUCCUCCCGACGAGCAGUUCCGCUUCAGCCUGCUCAAGUCCAUGUACGACCCGGCCAUCCAGAUGUACCGCGACGAUCAGAUCGUCAUCGUCCGCGAGCGCAAACCCAAAGCCAGCAUCCACUACCUCAUGCUGCCCCACGAAGCCAUCGACACGGCGCGCGAUCUGCGCCCCCACCACAUCCCGCUGCUGCGCCACAUGCUGCAGAAGGGCAACGAGUUCGCCGAUGAGUUUGUGCGACCGCACACCCAUUAUCCGGUGAUUCUGGGAUUCCACACCAUCGCCACGUUCAUUCGCCUGCACAUGCACAUCAUCUCCACGGAUUUCAACGGACCAGGCGGUGAAACGUCCGGUGAUUAUCGGGAAUUCGUCCACCGCGAGCUGUGGGUGGAGCCGGACCGGGCGAUCUACCUGCUAGAACGGGAAGGCCGCAUCCCGGUGAACGAGGAGCUGUGCCGCUCCAUCAAACUGAGCCCCACGGAGCCCAUGCCCUGCUACUUCUGUAAGGAACGCUUCAUCUACAUCCCUAAACUGCAGAAGCAUCUCAUGACGCACGAGGAGGAACUGCACCGGAAAGACCAAGCGUUCAAGACAGAUUGCCGCUACUGUCGACCGGUGCCCAUGUUCUUCAAGCGGAAUAAGAGACUUUUCUUGUCGGCUGCGGUGGCGGGAAUGGUCGUCAGUGGCGCCUCGAUUGUCAGCAAGAUGUUUUGAAAUUUAUUUGCAUUUAUAUGACGAAAUUUUAAUUGUACAGUGUACUGAAGACUGUGAUAAUGUGCGUUGCUUCUGGCUGCUGAAAAGUAGAAAUGAAAAACUGGCAGAAUCUCUUGUAAACGGUGCGAUUAACGUAUUGCUGAUGCUGUGUACAGAAUGAUAACUUGUGUA